CUAAUUGCUGUUUGGCUCGUGUAGUAUCUACCUUGGCUCCCGGUUAAAUGCUGUAAAUAUUCAGCUAAAUAAGUAUACAUCUUUAACCAAAUAACCUGAAUAAUUUGGUUAAGCGCUGAAAACUGUAUAAAAGUGAGCAAACAGCUUAAAAACUGUGCUAACAUGGCUAGUGUGGGAACUUACAGAGCCAGAGUGCGGGUGGGUAACUGGAGAGAGGACAUCGCCCUGGAGGAGGACAGCCUGAAGGACUUUCUCACUCGAAAGGAGAGGGGAGAGCUCACAGUUCAGAAGACCAGCGUCCUGAAGGAAAAUAUCCUCAAACCAGUGAAUUUGUCUGUGUCACAAAAUGGAUUUUUGCGUUUCGGAGACAGAGUCAUGCUGGUAAAUUCCAGAGGACUAACAUUUGACCCAAGUGGCGCCUGCGCCCUCAGCAUCGUUGCAGACCUCAGUAAUGUGACAUCACAUCCUCCAGCUAGCUCUGAACCCUGUCUUAAAGGUCCGUGUCAGGUGAGCGGAGCCAGCAGUUUGCGGCCGUGCAUAAGGAAUGCAUUUGUUGUGACCAGUGUGGACGGAACUCCAGAUGGCGAAACACUCAGAUAUGAGCAAAACUUUACUCUGAGAACUACGUCAGGCUUCGCCGGAGAGCUUUACUUGGCCAGUGACCACAGGAAAUUUGAAAAGUGUGCCAAGAUGUCUCGACUACAAGAAGUGAGCUUAGUUGAACGGCCAGACUUCCUUUGUUGGUGGAGGGUGGCUUACUUUGAUCCACAGGAACGUCUUGAACACGAAGGCUACCCAGUACAGGUGAACACCAAGGUGCUGAUCACCCACUGUAAAACCAACCAGUGUCUGGCUGCCCUUGACAAUCUUGUUUUAUGGACUCUAUUUGGAAAAGAGUACGAAGUCACAGCUCACACCUUCCUGGAUUCGCACAAGGCAGAGCGGUACAGUAACCACUGGCAGUUUGUCACCGCAGAUCCUGGAGAACAGGAACAGACCCUUCAGCAACUGCAACCAGCGGCCACCAUUACAAUCCCUGAUCAGCAAGAUCCAAACGCACUCACAGAUACAGUACAAGAGGUGGAGAGCUAAUACACCAGCACAGGAGAAAGAGCUGAAAGUGUCAUUAAUAAAACAUGGCUUACAUUAAUUAUUCA